AUGCAAAUUCGUCACCGAACUAGAACAAACCCGAAAUUACAUGCCUGGUGGGCCAUGGGUUGGUAUCACGUGACCAUGCCCAUUAUCGCGACGCGUUCCUACUCGUCUUUUCUUUCUCUUCUCUUUAAGAUGGAUACGAGUUAUGGAAACUACGGCGACGGUGGAUUUUCCACAGACGCUCAAUUUAACGAAUACAACACGUCCCAGCGUGCCCAGCAAACUAGAUCAACUUUAAGUCCCGUGACCAUCAAGCAAAUCAACGACGCGACUCAGCCAGUUUCCGAUGGCGAGUUUGUGGUUAAUAACGUGUCUUUGAACAUGGUUUCGUUUGUCGGGGUUGUCCGCAAGGUGGAAAACACCACCAGUGCCCAUACUAUCACCAUUGAAGACGGAACAGGGUCUGUGGAUGUUAGGAGAUGGGUGGACGAGAAAGUCACCACCGCGGCUCAGGAAACCGAGCGGUUCCUGGCAUUGGAGAACAAAUACGUGUACGUGACGGGCGCAUUGAAGGAAUUCAACCAGAAGAAGAACGUCCAGCAUGCCACCAUCCGUGAGAUCACCGACCACAACGAGGUGUUGUACCACAUGCUAUAUGCUAUUUCCAACCACUUGGAGGCGCAGGGCUUGAUGAAGACUGAACCCAAGGCUGAAAACGGCUUGUUUGUGCAGGGCACGCUGGCCGCUGGUCUGGGCUUGGAUGUUUUGGAUAAGAUCAUGGCUCUUAUUGCAGCAAACACGCCUUCCAUGCCAGAAGGCGUUCCAACGACGUGGAUUAGUGAUAACUUGGGUCUCUCUGUGGAUGAGGUCAAGGAGAAGUGCCACCAAUUGUCUGAGAUGGCAAAAAUCUACCAGGGCUACGAUGAGGCGUCGUACUUGAGUAUUUAA